AUGGAGGAACCAUCAGAAGUGUUGGACUCCGUUGUGAACCCAGACCCUCAGACGACUGAUGAGCAAGAUGAACAAGACCACUCGGACGACUCAGAAGUCUCACAGCCAGAAGAAAUAUUAGCGAGGGACCUGAAAGAGCUGACUAUCAGCCCCCGUGCCAAGAAGCUUCCUCAUCGGCCAGUUCGUCGCCGCCAUGGGCGCCGCCGCAUCAUCUCAACAAAGAUAAAACCAAAACUGGUUGAGAACAAAAGUGAAGCAAUCUUGAGAAAGGUCCAAAGUGCCUUUCCCAGGAGACAAGUCCGCACAUUGCUAUCUGUGCAGAACGACCCUGUAGCAAGGAUGAAAAGAUUUAUGCGGCCCUUCGACUUCCAGGGCUAUCCUCUGCUACAUAGUCAGAGGCCAGCCUGA